AUGAUAAUCUCUAACAGGAAUGCUGAUGGCGGAGAAGAGAUGAGGGUUAGUUAUUUUUUCGUAAAGAUAGAAGCGAACCAGUUCUUGGUCAUCGGGAUGGAAUCGAUAACGGCGAGCUAUGGUUUGUUGCUUUGCAAAAUGGGUUGUGAUUUGUUGAAGAUUUCAUCAGUCUCGAAUUUGGAUUUGGUGCUGUGGAGAGGACUGCAUCGACCCACUGCCGUAAAGGUAUUCGAGAUUGAAGAUUGUGGCGCAUUAGUUGGAAUGCAAACCAGGGAACGGAAUACCAUUGCCAAAUUUGCUCAGCCAAGUGCUAAGGAUCUUCUAAAGCACUGGUUUAUCAGAAAUACUAGAAAGAGCCCGAUGUUUUUGGAAAGAAUAAGGUGCAAUACUUUGCUUUUGUUCAUUGAGUUAGUAUGUUGCACUCCAACUAAAACAAAUAUGGUUGCUAAAGGAGAAUGCCCGAAGGACCAAAUAAAGGAUGCAGAAACCCCCAGAAAUGGUCCUAAAGGAAUAGGUGAGGGUUCUGAUACUGUGAAGGUCGGAAGAGACAUAAAGGCAAUGGAACUGUUUGAGCUAGGUGGAUUUCAUUUCUUUAUUGGAAAACCCUUCAAAAAUGCUGAAAGGGACUUCAGCAUUGGUCGAUCACAGACUACAAGAACUCCUGCAAGACCACCUCAGGUUAGAGAAAAGAAAGCAGGUAUGUCAUACAAUAAGGAUUCCCAAAGAGCUUCAGAGAGUGGUAAUCACUUGCUGUUUGCAUCUGGAAAUGCACUACCGGAACCACUAGAAUUAUUGUUUGGUAAAGAUGCUAGCGAUCCAUAUCAUGAUGAUCGUGAGGAUAAUUCCCAUGAUGAAGUGUCUCUUUCUCAAGUGAUACAUUAUGCUUCUACCAGUGGAACGGUUGCUUUCCACGGUCAACAUGAUGAAUCUGAUUCUCCUCGAAUUCCUAAAUCUAGAUUAGGAAUGCAAGAGAGAACUUCAAGUGCCUCACUGGAAGACAGUGUUCUAAAUCUUGCUGAGGUUAUAUCUGUUUUAGUUUUACGUGCUAAUUUCAUUAGGCAGCUUGUAAAUAUGGCUCAUUAA